GGUGGGGCCAGGAUGAGGCAGCCACCAGCAGCCACUCAACACCCCCUCAGCUUCCUUCCCUUACUCAGCUGCUGUAGCCUCCCUGGAGCCACAGGUGUUAAUUUAGGGGCCCCUGGGCCCUGACCUUAUUAGGUGCCGCUGCAGAAAUAUGAGGGCCUGGAGCCUCCUCCUCCUGGUGAGCCUCCUGGCUUUGGGGAGCCAGCUGCCCACUGUCUCGGGCAGGAGGAAGGGAGAGAGACAUGGCGGGUGUCCACCGGACGAUGGGCCCUGCCUCCAUUCGGUGCCUGACCAGUGCGUGGACGACAGCCAGUGUCCCUCAAAGAUGAAGUGCUGCCACAGAAGUUGCUUCCGCCAGUGCGUCCGUAGAGUCGCAGUGAAGCAGGGCACCUGCCCUGAGGACCGGCUGCGCUGCCUCGGCCCCGUUCAGCACCUGUGCCACCAGGACGCAGACUGCAGGGGCAAGAGCCGCUGCUGCCUUGGGGCCUGCGGCCGGGACUGCCGGAACCCGGUCAGAGGCUAAUUCUGGUUUAGGAUCUGUGGCUCUGAACCUCAGGAUGAGGUUCCCUGCAGGAAGGGCUGAUGACGGGGCCUGGGACCUGCCACCCAGCAGCACUGUCUCUGCCGGCGACAGUUCCAACCUCCUGAUAAACACCGAUCCGUGGUGACUUCCCCGGCAGCCAUCCACCGGGUUUUUCCUCCUGGGAAUCAAGGUCCAUGGCCAGACCUCAACGGACUCCUCUCCGUACCACCACCACCACACUGAGCUCCUCGUCCUUCCUAACACCCACCUUCACAUCUCUGUGUAUGAGUUUCUUCCACCUAAAAUGCCCAAUUCAGAUAGUCCUCUCUGUGUGGGGUCCUGGCCCCUCCCCAGCCCUGAGUGUACGUUCCAGCAGUUUCCGGAACAUGUCUGUUCACGUCCCCCCUUACUCAAUGUUCGCCACGCCUGCAAAAUAGCGUCGUGACGUUUGGUGUACUGCCUGUCCUCCUGUUUAUCGAAUGCUUUUCCUUAAGUGGACUCACUUUUGUAUAUAAGUAAUUUCCAAAGAAAAACUUGAUGUGACUGCUAUAAACAGGAUACGCAGGAUCACUUGGCACAAGUAGAAUGUGAUUCUGAAAGCGAAUGCAAUGAAAACCUCUAUGUUCCAUUAAAAUCAUGUCCGAUUAAACAGUAUUAAAUAAUGUUAUUAAAUUCUAGCUAGAUGCUGCCACCUGCCAAGACUGUAAAGCCUGCUCUCUGUUGUAAUAAGUGAAGAUUAAAGACACACGCCUCUAACCUGA